AGCAGUGAGGGCUGGGCAAGCUGCAGGCUGGCAGCCUGGAGAAGCCUGGUGCUCAGAGAACUGGGGCCUCUCACCUGGCAGAGCUUGUUUUGCUUUUGCUUCCCAUUUCAUACUUAGGUUCAGAGGUGGCCCUGGGAGUGAUGCCAGGCCAGGUGGCCAGAGGGAAGCUGCACUGCUGCUAGCCAGGGUAAUGCUGCUUGCUGCUGCCCAAGCUCCCUGCCACUGUCCUGCCACACAGCUGACACCAUCCCUGUCUCUCUGCAUGAAAAUACUCCUCGGUCAGCUCUCAGAUAAGCCCAGCAGGCAGCCUGAGAUGGUCCCCACCGCUGCUUUCACAUUUCCUUUGCUCAGCUGGGGCCCUGCAGCCUGGCACAAGGUCUCUGCAGCCCCUGCAUGUGGCUCAGGGGACAGUCGGGGAGGCUGGUGGCAGCGGCAGCAUGGCAGCCAGGAAGCUGGAGGCGCUCGGCCUCCCGCCCCGGACUUUUGCCAAACAUCUGCAGCAGGCGGGAGCUGGCUCCCAUCCGGCUCUGGUGGAAAAAACAACUGAGCAGGAAGGUUCAUGCGAGGGUCAGCCUGCCCUGCAUGGGUACUUUUUAGGGUGGGGGACUCCAGUCCUGCAGGGUGGAGCAGCACAAUCUUGGUGGAACCCCUGGGCCCCUUGGCUGUCCCAUGCAGCCUCCAGCAUGGCACAGCAUGUUGGGGACACUGGGUGACAUGCCUGGGGUGCCAUAGAAGCUCAGUGGCAGAGAGGGAGUCCCAUCAGCUGGGUCUCAUUAACUCCUUCCCCAUUCCCAAACUCCACCAAGGCUGAUUUGGCACUGGGAUCUAAGGAGAUGGGACUUGGAUAAACAGGUCCCUUAUUUUUGUUUUGGUUUUAUGAAAACUGAGUUCAGGAGUGACUCAGAUUUCACUGCUCUUGGCAGGCAUCAGGGACACGUGGAAGGGACAUAGCCACACUAUGCCACACACCACUAUAGAUAGAUGUGGAUGACUGUUCCUGUGCUAGGAAAUAGUGGGGCAGGGAGGACAGUCCUGAGCAGCUCCCCAGGUCUGUCCCAGCUGUGUUGCAGGAGGUGGCUCAAGCCCUGGUCAGGGUCAGAAGUGUGAGCUGUGCUGGGAACACAGCACUGGGUACACAGUGGUCCUUGUUGGCUGCAGGAUGCAGAGAUGUGCAGGCAGCAUGCACACCAGGAGCUGCAGCCCCAUGGCUUCAAAUCCCUCUAGAGCCUAGGAGUGGUGGGAAGGGUAAAACCCCAGAUAUUGGCUCUGAUAGGUUUUGGCAAGGAGCCACAGCCAUAUAUGUGAGAGUCAAUCGGAGCUCUCCUGUGACUGGCCUGGCUCGUGGCAUGUUGUGAUUGGCCCUGUGCAGUCCCCAGGCAGUGGGUGAGCAUCCUGAGGGUUUGCCUGGACCCGGAGGAGAACCCCACACUGUUUGGGGUGCAGGCAGGGCAGGGCUAAGACAUUAACCUAGUAGCAAUGCAGGUUGAAAGCUUUGGGAUAUGCUGCCAGUGACAGAGAGACCCUGCUCCUUGGCUUCUCUGUGUGCUUGGGAGAUGUACCCAACCCCCAGCCCUCCCACGCUAGCUGAGGCUGCACUUGGAGCUUCGCAACAUCAGCCUUUCCCAGAACAUGGUGUUCCUUCUGGUGCAGAACACAGAUUGGGAGUUGGUCCCAGCUUCCUCUUAACCCAUGGCCACACUCCCCUUCCUUGGUGGCAUCUCCAGCAGCUGGCUUAGUGACAGCAUCGUGGCAGGGCUGACCCUGCUUUCUAGUAAAGCCAAACCUCAUGCUGGCACUCAUGGUCCCCCCAGGGCUCACCCACUGCCACCCCAUCCUCUCCUCCACACCAGGCCAGCCUCCCCCCAAAACCACAAUUCCCCCAGCUCCCCUCCAGACUAUUAAUACUCCCACUGAAUAAUUCUGUUGAGGGAUUUCAGGGAAUUUACACCUCACCACUGAUAUUUUCCUUGGAGACAGCCCAGGGUAAAUGUUCACAUUCCUUGGUUAAGCAAACAGGACCUUGGAAACUCCUGUCCCUGGGGACACCAAGGGCUAAGGGACAGCAGUGUCCUGCCAUUGACCCCAGCAGGGUCCCCAUGGAGCCAACAGCAUAGGAGCUGCAGAACAGCCCCUGGCAGGAAGGAUUCUCCUCCACUGCUGCCUCUAGCAGCACCUUUAUUUACCGGGCCCAAAGGAGAGGAGUGGGAUUAACCUUGCCCAGCCCAGCCUGAGCAGCCACUGGGGGGGCACGCACCGAACCCCAGCCCAGCCUCCCCGAGGCUGCUGAUGGGGGGUUUGGACCCUGCUCCUCGGGUGCAAACACCCCACUUGGGGGGCACAUGUCACCGUGACUGGGUGGCCUGCACAGGAUGGGGCACCUCUCCCCUGCAACACCUCUGCCCCUCGUCCCCUCUGCCUCCCUGGCCCCUCUCCAUCCGCCGUCACCUCUUUCCCUCUUGCCCCCCGGUAUCUCUCCCUCCACCUUGCGGGUUUAAUCCCGGCUCGGGUAUCACGUUGCAUAAACCCUGGGCACAUGCUGCUGCCCCGUGUCCCCGUGGGUGCCCCGGGUCACUGCCACACCGUGGUGCCACCCCCGGGCGGUGUCCGUCCGUGUGUCCGUCCCAGAGCCCACACGGUUAACACGGCUCCGGCCCGGCCCCCCCCACCCCGGCCAUUGGCUCCCCCCUCGCAGCCCCGCAGCUAUUUCUUGGCCGCCAGGCUCGGAGGUGACAGCAGGCGACAAGGGCCGCUAGUCCCCGCCGCUCUCCCCGGGCUGUCGCGGAGUGCCGGCACCCCCUACCCCGCGCCUAGCCAUGGGGGGCUGCUCCCGGAGCAACUGGAUUUUGCCUCUUUUCUUGGCUGGACUCGUCCAGCUGGGGCGAAGUGAGGAGAGGGAGAAGGUAAGAGGAGGGGGACACCCCCAAGGGGCGUUCAGGGGGGUUUAGGGAGUGUGUGACACCCGGGGGAUGUGCCUGUUCCCAAGGCUCUCUGCAGGAUUCUCCGGGUCAGGGGUGGGCUACCGUAGCCACGUGAAUCCCCCUCCUUCCCCCUACAAUUCCGGCACCUGGAUCACGAGGAGAUUUUACGUAAGUUCUCGCCAAGGUCCAAGAAUCGCUGUCCUGGGGUCGGGGACAGAGUGGGACAGAGCCAUGUAUCCCCCAAGUGACCUCCUCAGUGGUAGAGCGCAGAGACGUUUUCCGUGCAAUGUCCGGGAGGGUUCCCACAUGUUGGGAAGCUGUGGAACCCGUGUCCCCACAGCCAAGCGGCCAGGGGCACUGUCACUCUCCCCAGCCACCCUCCCCACCUUGCCACCGGGACCCAAGAGUAUCGCGGAGCCUUCACUCCUCUAGUGCAGCCCCUGUGACUUCACCUCUUGCCAGCUCCCAAAAUAGCCCCUCGCUGGCACUUGGCUAAGCUUAGGAAUCCUGGUGGGGACAGGAGAUGGGCUCCUCUGGGUUUAACCCCUGCGGCCGCGGAUGGAGAGGCUGCUCCAGCCCGACCCCCGUCCCACAUGGAACACCCAGCACUGCCCCUGUUCCCCAGGGCUUCCAGGGGUGGUAUGUCCUGCUCACGUGAACUCAGUGUCGGGAUUCUGGUGCUGCCCUCCCCCUGUGCUCCGGCUGUUUCGCAGCCACUCGCCUUCCUGCUGCUCCCUGUUCGGUGAACGUUCCCCCAGCUGCAGCCAGACCCUUGUGCAUCCGCACGCCCCAGUCAAUCUGUCCCACCACCGCGACCUUGGCUUGCCGGGGCGUGGCUGCUGCCAGCGACAUUCAGGGCAGGGGACACAAUGCUGGCAGCUGUCCCCGCAGCCAGCUGCAGGGGACAUUGCUCUGCUCAUAGCGCUGUGAGCCGUGGGGAUGGGGAGCGGGGUGGCCGGCGGGCCCCAGCCGGCUCCCACGAGAUUCUCCUCGCCCCACAGGUGGACUGCUACCACUCGGUGAAGGGCACCAUCUACAGCUACGGGGCCUUGACUCUCGAUGGGGACGAGUACAUCCCCUUUGAGACAUACAGAGGGAAGACAGUGCUCUUUGUCAACGUAGCCACAUACUGAGGACUGACCCUGCAGUAUGUUGAACUGAAUGCACUACAAGAUGAGCUGAGAAACCAGGGGGUUGUGGUCCUUGGCUUCCCUUCCAACCAGUUCGGGAAGCAGGAACCCGGCCAGAACUCAGAGAUCCUCCCUGCACUGAAGUACGUCCGGCCAGGAAAUGGCUUUGUUCCGAACUUCCAGCUGUUCCAGAAAGGGGAUGUGAAUGGGGCCAAGGAGCAGAAGAUCUUCACCUUUCUGAAGAACGCCUGCCCGCCAGUGGCGGAGGAGUUUGGGAACCCAAACAAGCUCUUCUGGGAGCCUCUGAGGAACCAUGACAUUAAGUGGAACUUCGAGAAGUUCCUAGUGAGCCCUGAGGGCGUGCCCGUCAUGCGCUGGUACCAUCGCACCAACAUUGCCGUUGUGAAGAAUGACAUCCUGAACUACCUGAGGCUACGGCAGCAGAACCAUGAGGAACAGCAGGACCAGUAGAGCCUCAAGCUGGUGGCAUGAGGGCCAGCGUCCCUCCAGCUGCUUCCAUCCCAUUCCCUCCCCAGAUAUCCCACAGCAGCAGGAAUCAUGCACUGUCCCCUCCAUUGCUCCUGUCUCUCUCACUCCCCAGUCAGGAUGCUGGGCUGGGCAACCUCGUGGCAGAGACCUCAGCAAUUGCAGUGGGAUACUUCCAAUAUCCCCCUGUCCCACCUCCACCCCUGGUGGUGACAUCUCUUGGCCUCCAGCUCAACCCCCUCCACUCCACCAUCCUGGGCAGUGGGAGGAUGAAGGGGCCAGCAGUUCCUGGAGCAGGAGACCACUUCUCCAUGAAGGCUCAGCCCGAAAGCCCCCGCCUGGGGCGGGCCUGGCCUGACCGUGCCGAGCACGGAGCAGCUCUUCAGUGCAUUCAGGCUGCCCGUGGUCCUGGCACACAGACGUGCUGCUCUCCCGCUCAGGGCUGGCCAGCCCCUCACCACCCACCACAGAACUACCAAAUAAAUGC